UCUUUCCCCCCAGACUCGAAUGACAGGCACUGUUUAAUGUUUACUGAGCCUCCUGGCUUUGCACACUUCUAGUACCAAGUUCCUGCUUGGCUUUACACCUUUCUGCGCAGUGGUACUGAGUUAAGUCAGUUUCGUGACUCCUGAGGCUACUUGGAACGGUUUUUGACGAUGUCAUUACUGUGCCUUGUAAUCUUAUAUGGUGUGCUGAUAACGGACAUUUGGGGGCUAGUAAGUAGAAGAAGCACUUACUAUCAGGGAAUCUGAGUACUCUAGGUGAAAGGUAAUCUAUUUCCCAGGGCAUUGGGCAGUUUGUACAUGUUAUUAAGUAGUAAGUAAAGGCAAUUGAAAUGAUACAUUCUUGCACACCCCACUUCCACCAUGCAGGCCUCUUUGGGCCCAAGUGGGCCUCCAGCCUAGAGCCUAGGCAUUUGCUAAUUACGCCAUCCUCAAAGCCCACUUUCCUCGUCCACCCAAUGUGUAUGGCACCCACCUUCAUUCAAGCCUCAAUUGCCUUCACUUUAGAGAGGUGGCUUCCUCAUUUAAAAUAGCCACUGCUGGCUGUCUCUCCAGCCUCUUACCCUGUUGUUCUCUUUGGCUCUGUAGCACUUACCACUGUCUGAUAUUAUGUAUUUGUAUGUGUAUGCUCUGUCUCCCUUAUAUUCAGAGCAUAUUUUGUACUAAAUUCUCAAUGUGAAUUCACUCAUUCAUUCGACAAAUAUUGAGUGACUACCUUGCAUCAGGUCCUGUCCAGGUGUUUGGGAUAUGUACGUGAACAAAAUAGACAAAGAUCUCUUCCCUCUGGAGCUUAUAUUCUAGAGAAGAAUGACUGACAAUAAACAUAUUUGAUUAUCGUGUUAGAAAAUUGUGCUAUGAAAAAUGAAAAAGGAGAGCAGGGAAAGAGGCCUGAGAGUACAGGUGUGGGUUGCAAUUUUAUAGAGGAUGGUUAUGGUGGAUGCUUUUCUUUAUUUGAAACUGGGUUGAAGAUUCACCAGUAUGAUGUCAUGCUUUAAGGUAUUAAAUUAUUGCUCUUAGAGAUUUCUGAAUGAACCAGGCAAGACUUAGACAAAGAGGCUGAUAGAUAGUAAGGUGUGUUUUCCUUUGGGUCCUUUACUUCAGAAGAGUACAAACACUGUGUUUAAAUAUCAAAAACUAUUAAUCUGGAGCUAUACAUUUAGGGUACUUAUGGGGUUUGUCUGUCUUUAGGAGUUUGUCAUGUUUAAUUUUGGUUUUAUCACUUGGUUAAAGUGAAAUUACAAUGCCCCUAAGAUACCACUACUUUUGAAGUUUACUGGAGUUGUAUUGGUAUAAAUCAAAAUAGACCAGACGAGAGAUUUGAGACCAGGAGUGGAAUUAUCAGGGUUGCAGAAUGACAUCAAAGAUUCCCGUUUGGGGCUGCAUGGGGAUAUUUACUUCAAAGGAGCAGAUAGCUUGCCUUUCUGAAAGGGAUAUUUAUAGUGUCCUUUAGUGGAAGGCAGAUAUCCUUCUCACUUUCAUUAUCCAGAAGGAAUAUGUGUCUAGUUCACAUGGUGAUCCCAUCUUAACAAUAUGAGAGGAAACUUAAGGGAUAGUAGGGUUUUUUUCCAGCAUUUAUCUGACAAUGAAGCAUGUGUCUUAUGUGUCUUCAGCCUUGCUAAUCUAAGCUGAGCUAUUAUUUAUUAUGUAUAUCUCUCCAUGGAAGACGUUUUGAGCUAACAAGUACCAGUGGAUAACAGAUAUCACAUUAACUUUAUCCUAGAAGACAACUUUACAAGGAUCUAGACAGAACAGGAUUAAAGAUGACUGAAUACUGAGCUCCAGAAACUUAAAACAAUCAGGGACUGCACAGGACUGAGUCCAUAUGGAAGAAGAGCUUUCCCUUUCCUAUGGAGAAAGUGGCAAGCCAGUACAGGCUACUCUGUCAUCUUUGAAGAUGUUAGAUGUGGGAAAGUGGCCAAUUUUCUCCCUUUGUUCUGAGGAAGAACUGCAGUUAAUUCGUCAGGCCUGUGUCUUUGGCAGCGCUGGCAAUGAAGUUUUAUAUACUACAGUAAAUGAUGAGAUUUUUGUGCUUGGCACAAACUGCUGUGGCUGUUUGGGAUUAGGUGACGUCCAGAGCACCAUUGAACCUCGGAGACUGGAUUCUUUAAGUGGCAAAAAAAUAGCCUGCCUCAGCUAUGGGAGUGGCCCCCAUAUUGUCCUUGCCACAACAGAAGGAGAAGUCUUUACCUGGGGUCAUAAUGCUUAUAGCCAGCUGGGCAAUGGGACAACUAAUCAUGGUUUAAUGCCCUGUCAUAUUUCUACUAAUUUGUCAAACAAACAAGUCACUGAAGUUGCCUGUGGGUCUUACCAUUCUUUGGUGCUAACAUCUGAUGGAGAGGUAUUUGCCUGGGGUUAUAAUAACUCCGGGCAGGUAGGAUCUGGAUCAACAGCCAAUCAGCCAAUCCCUCGAAGAGUCACAGGCUGCUUACAGAAUAAAGUAGUUGUGAACAUAGCAUGUGGGCAGAUGUGUUCAAUGGCAGUGGUGAACACUGGCGAGGUCUAUGUCUGGGGUUACAAUGGAAACGGGCAGCUUGGACUUGGCAGUAGUGGCAACCAGCCAACCCCCUGUAGAAUAUCGGCUUUGCAAGGCAUUCGUGUCCAGCGGGUUGCCUGUGGCUAUGCGCACACAUUAGUGUUAACAGAUGAAGGCCAAGUGUAUGCUUGGGGUGCAAAUUCUUACGGCCAGUUAGGCACUGGCAAUAAAAGUAACCAGUCCUAUCCUGCACCUGUCGUUGUGGAAAAGGACAGCAGCUGCUGCCGUCAGCCAAGCCCGUGCCCCACCCCUGACUUCCCGUGUGCUGCUAGGUGUUCCAGAAUUAUAGAGAUUGCGGCCUGCCACUCGGCCCACACGUCGGCUGCCAAGACCCAGGGCGGGCACGUGUACAUGUGGGGCCAGUGCCGGGGCCAGUCCGUGAUCCUGCCUCACCUCACACACUUCUCCUGCACCGACGACGUGUUCGCCUGCUUCGCCACUCCUGCUGUCUCUUGGCGCCUCCUGUCCGUGGAACCUGACGACCACCUGACGGUGGCAGAGUCGCUCAAGAGGGAAUUUGACAACCCCAGUACAGCAGACCUGAAAUUCCUGGUGGACGGAAAGUACAUUUAUGCACAUAAAGUCCUUCUCAAAAUUAGGUGUGAGCAUUUUCGUUCUUCAUUGGAAGACAACGAGGAUGAUAUCGUAGAAAUGAGUGAGUUUUCGUAUCCUGUUUACCGAGCCUUCCUGGAAUACCUGUAUACAGACAGCAUCAGCCUUUCCCCCGAGGAGGCAGUAGGAUUGCUGGAUUUGGCUACCUUUUAUAGAGAAAAUCGUUUGAAAAAGCUCUGCCAACAAACUAUCAAGCAAGGAAUCUGUGAGGAGAAUGCCAUUGCCCUGCUUUCAGCUGCUGUGAAGUAUGAUGCUCAGGAUUUAGAAGAAUUCUGCUUCAGGUUUUGCAUAAAUCAUUUGACUGUAGUAACACAAACUUCAGGCUUUGCAGAAAUGGACCAUGAUCUUCUGAAGAACUUUAUCAGCAAAGCAAGCAGAGUUGGAGCCUUUAAAAAUUGAUCCUCAUCUGCAAGAAAGAAUUUUUGGUAUUUCCAUUUUCCCUGCAAAAGCCGGAGAAUGACUUUUCCUUAAUUGGCUGAAUACUUACGUUCUGUCAAAAGAAGGUGGUGGUCAGUCUGCCCUGUGCUGAAGUCUGAAGUUUACUGUACAAGGCAUUCCGUGCUCUGAUCAGAUGUGACUAAGGUCAAGGGAAAAGAAAUUAAAAUGUCUUAUUUACCAUUUCCUCUUUCACGUCCCUUAAGUUGGACAUUUUUGGUACAUUGGUCUAAGUAUAUGCUAUCCUGGCCAAAUUUCUGUUCUUAACAGGCUGAUAUCACAUAGAGAGCUGGACAGUACAUUGUCAGCAUCCAGAACGGUGCCUUGCAUACACAGGCACUCAAUUCAUUUAUUACAAAUCUUACGUAUGCCCUGAAAACAGCUUUAUUUGUGGAAUACUGGAUAAAGGUAUAACAAAUUGCACAAAAACAAAUUUGAGACAGCCCAUCACUAUUGAGGUUCAUAUUCUUCUGGUACCUGGUUCUAAGUAAUAGUGGCUAACUUAGAGCAUUAAUUAGAAUUCACAAACAGCCUUGACAAUUUAAUUGUCAAAGUCCCAAGGGCUAAUUUUAAUUUUCUAUUUACUCUGAGUCAUUAAUUUCUCACACGGGAUUACCGAAUAUGAAGUACUGUCUUUGAAUGAAUGUUGUUUCUGGGCUCAUCUGCCUUACAUAAUUGCAUAAUGUCUUUUCUUUUUGUGUUGAGAGAUUUGCCUGUGUAUGUAAAAAUGAUUAUGUGUUUUUCUUGUAGUGGAGUUUUAUGUCACUGUAAAACAGUUCUCUUAACCUGGCACAGAAUAAUUAUAAAGUACUAGCUGAAAAGGAACUCAUACUUACAUUUCAUGGACAGCAUUAAGAAGAAUGAGAUAAAUUUAUACUUUUUCGGUCAAAACAAGUUACCCAACUGCAAAAGAAAAACUGGAAUGGGAUGUAGGAUGUAGUGUCAGAUUCCUCUAACAUGGGUUUCACAAUAUGGUAUGUAUUUCACAAUAUGAUAUUAUGUAAAGAAAACUCUUUUGGAAUUAGAAACCUUGUUCUGAUGCUGAACUAUUUGAUAAUAAAGUGCUUAUUUGUAGAUAAUAGAACAA